UGCUCCUCAGCAAAACCCUCCACUCCUGAAACCAUGUCUUACUACGGAAACUACUAUGGUGGCCUCGGCUGUGGCUAUGGUACCUGUGGCUAUGGUGGCUGUGGCUAUGGUGGCUGUGGCUAUGGCGGCUGGGGCUAUGGUGGCUACGGAUGUGGCUACGGUGGCCUGGGCUGUGGCUAUGGCGGCUGGGGCUAUGGCGGCUAUGGAUGUGGCCACAAUGGUGUGGGCUAUGCCUGUGGUGGUUAUGGAUAUGGCGUCAACCGCCCAUCUUGCUGCAGAAGAUGCUGGUCCUACGGACUCUACUGAGAAGCUUCCAGAGAAACUCAACUUACUGUUCUCCUCCAGCUGCCUGAAUCUGCCUCCAUGAUUAUUCCUAUGAAUAAUUCCAUUUUCUAUUCCAAAAUGUCAACAUCAUCCUAAGAUAUCUACAAAGAUAAAAUAAAAUAGGUCAGAUUCUGCAAACCUUACUAGAGUCACUGAAAUCAUAUGGAAUGUUUCAGAUUUUUUUAAAAGCUUUUCCUUUGAUAUUGUAUUACCUUCCAAAUUUCUUACCUUUUUGAUCAACAAUCUUAUGUGAGAAAAGUUUAGA